CAACGCUCAGCUUCAACGGGUCGCAGCACAUGGAGGUAAACAUGGACACCGAAUCUUUGACGCAGACCGAGGACAUCGUGCUCCGCUUUCGCACCAGCAAACCCCUAGGUCUUCUGCUCAUCACGAGCACCGUGCAGACUGGUGACAGAAUUGAAUUGGCCGUUGCUGCGGGUCGAAUUCGCAUGGCUCUCAGACUUGGCGUCAAGGACAAGAAGCAGGAGGACAAGGAGAAGGAUAAAAUCUUAUUGGCGGGACAAAAUGUAAACGAUAACGAAUGGCACACGGUGAGGUUCUCCAGACGCGGCGCUAAUCUUAAGCUUCAGCUGGAUGGGAAGACACCACUUAGAGCUGAAACGUUCGGAAAAUACAAUACGCUGCAAUGGAGAACCAUCCAUUUGGGUGGACUCUAUCAUCAGGAAGAGGAGAUCAGCAUGACCACGACCGUACCCAACUUUAUCGGAGAAAUCCAACAGUUUUACUUCAACAAUAUUCCAUAUAUUGAACUCGCACGUGCUUCCAGCAGCGAGCAUACCCUUACCGCAG